CGCGCACGGCGGUGAGGGGCGGCGGGGGCGGAGCCGGGGCCCGGCGGCAGUGGCGGCAGAGGCAGCAGCGGCACCACACCGGGCAGGGCAGGAACAGGAUCCUCCUGGACUCCGGAGCAGCUGACAGCCCGCAGCCAGGGGAAGGUGGUGUCCAGAGGGAAACCUCCCCCAGCAGACUCUCUCUUCCCUACCCCUGCUGUUGAGGUGAGGGAGCCCCCAUCCAGGCUGCCCAGGGAGGCUGUGGAGGCUCCUUCUCCUUCCAACCCCACCUGGACACGUUCCUGUGCCCCCUGAGCCAGGGGAAGCUGCUGUAGCAGGGGCUGGGGCUGGUGCUGGCGGCAUGUGAGUGCCUCAUCUGCCAAGAAGCCAACCCGUGGUUUGAAAAGCUUUCCAGGGACUCGUGUCUGUAACAACCUUUCAGCCUGAGUGGAUGCCAGAGGCCUUGGAAUGAAACGUCACAUCAGGCGGGGCUGGCGCUGCCCGUGACCUCACCGAGGGAGCAGUGACAGCUCCACAAACAGCAGGCGCCCACCCCCUCCAUCUCCUCCAAUGCAGGCUCAGGGAUGGACUCCACCUUGUCCCUCUGAAGAGGUUCUGCAUGCUCUCAGCACUCAGGAAGGGAUUCCACUGCCAGCUUCUUCACGAGCCACCCCGCAGCAGGACUUGCUCGGCAGAGCCCCGGGGGGACAUCCCUUCGCUCCCAUGGAGGAACUUGCCUGCGUGUUUUAUCUUCUCUGAGCUCCUCAGCCCACGCUGCCUGGACGUGUCCUGGGUUCCUGGAAGACUCUUUACUUGUUUUCACAGCUCCUCUCCCUGUUCUGUCACAUUCCCACCCUCGCAGAGCCCCAAAAGGAUGUGAACUCUGGCAUGGGGUCUGUGAGUGGGCUGCGGACUCGGUACACGCCUCAGACUGUUGCUGAAUAACCAGAGGACUGGUUAAUCCCUGUGGGCAGCCCUCCUAACCAGCCUCCCCUGGGCUCUUCAUCAUGUUCCUCCUCCUUCCUUUUGACAGCCUGGUUGUAACUCUUGGGAUUUCCAUAACUGUGCUCUUCACCCUGCUCCUGGUGUUCAUCAUCGUGCCAGCCAUUUUCGGCGUCUCCUUUGGCAUCCGUAAGGUUUACAUGAAAACUUUGUUAAAGAUUUUCCAGUGGGCAACGCUGAGAAUAGAGCGUGGUGCCAAGGAGAAGAACCAUCCACUGUACAAGCCCUAUGUCAAUGGGAUCAUUGCAAAGGAGCCAACGUCUCUGGAGCAGGAGAUCAAGGAGAUGCGGCGGAGCGGCAGCGGCAAAGCCCUGGACGCGCCCGAGUUUGAGCUCUCGGAUAUCUUCUACUUCUGCCGCAAAGGCAUCGAGACCAUCAUGGAUGAUGAAGUGACCAAGAGGUUCUCAGCUGAAGAGCUGGAGUCGUGGAACCUGCUCAGCAGAACCAACUACAAUUUCCAGUACAUCAGCCUGCGCCUCACCGUGCUCUGGGGCCUGGGGGUGCUCAUCCGCUACUGCUUCCUCCUGCCCCUCAGGAUAGCCCUGGCCUUUACUGGCAUCAGCUUGUUGGUGACUGGCACUACAGUGGUGGGAUAUUUGCCAAAUGGAAGGUGUAAGGAGUUCCUGAGCAAGCACGUGCACCUGAUGUGCUACCGGAUCUGCGUGCGUGCCCUCACCGCCAUCAUCACCUACCACGACCGAGGAAACAGACCCCGGAACGGAGGCAUCUGCGUGGCCAAUCACACAUCACCCAUCGACGUCAUCAUCCUGGCCAGCGACGGCUACUACGCCAUGGUGGGUCAGAUCCACGGAGGGCUCAUGGGGGUGAUACAGAGAGCCAUGGUGAAGGCUUGUCCCCACGUCUGGUUCGAACGCUCCGAGGUCAAAGAUCGUCACCUCGUCGCUAAAAGGCUGACAGAGCACGUCCAGGACAAGAGCAAACUGCCCAUUCUGAUCUUUCCAGAAGGAACCUGCAUCAACAACACAUCUGUGAUGAUGUUCAAAAAGGGGAGCUUUGAAAUCGGAGCCACUGUUUACCCUGUAGCCAUCAAGUACGACCCCCAGUUUGGAGAUGCCUUUUGGAACAGCAGCAAGUACGGGAUGGUCACCUACCUGCUGCGGAUGAUGACCAGCUGGGCCAUCGUCUGCAGCGUCUGGUACUUGCCCCCAAUGACCAGGCAGCCUGAAGAGGAUGCUGUCCAGUUUGCCAACCGAGUGAAGUCAGCCAUUGCCAGGCAGGGCGGCCUCGUGGAUCUGCUCUGGGAUGGAGGACUGAAGAGGGAGAAGGUGAAAGACACGUUCAAGGAGGAGCAACAGAAACUCUACAGCAAAAUGAUUGUAGGCAACCACGAAGACCGGAGCCGCUCCUGAGCCCUCGGCCUCCAGCGCUGCUCCUGGGCCCAGCGCAGCCCUGCCAGGCCCCAGCACAGCCAGGCCUCACCCCCAGCAGCUCCAGGCCUUUGGACUUUGGCUACUGCAGAGCUGCUCAGACUUUUCCUCUAUCCUCUGGCUGCUCUUUCCCGGGGGCACUGUUACUGCCUGGAGUCUUUAGGCCCUGGGCAGCUCUUGGCUAAGAUGCCUUCUUAUUACUGUUACAAGGAAGCCCCUUGCAGGGGCAACAUUAAAUGCAACACACAAGGUG